UAUCUAUAGUUUAAAAGCUCCCAUUAAAUAUUUUAUGAAAACUAUAUUUUAGUAAUUUGGAUUUAAUGACUCUAAAAUGAAUGACCUAACUGUUUGUCCUGGAAAGAGAAAGAACUCGUGUGAUGUUUGCGAUAAAUCAUUCAGUGAAAGUGGCAAAUUGACUACACAUCGACGUACCCACACAGGAGAGAAACCAUUUGCAUGCGAUAUAUGCGAUAAAUCUUUCAGUCAGAGUUGCAAUUUGACAACACAUCGACGUACCCACACAGGAGAGAAACCAUAUGCGUGUGAUGUAUGCGAAAAAUCAUUCAGUAAAAGUGGCACAUUGACGAGUCAUCGACGGACUCACACAGGAGAGAAACCAUACAUUUGUGAUGUAUGUGAUAAAUCAUUCAGUGAAAGUGGCAAAUUGACUACACAUCGACGUACCCACACAGGAGAGAAACCAUAUGCGUGUGAUGUAUGCGAAAAAUCAUUCAGUGGAAGUGACACAUUGAAGAAACAUCGACGUACCCACACAGGAGAGAAACCAUAUGCGUGUGAUGUAUGCGAAAAAUCAUUCAGUGAAAGUGACAUAUUGAAGAAACAUCGACGUACCCACACAGGAGAGAAACCAUAUGCGUGUGAUGUAUGCGAAAAAUCAUUCAGUGGAAGUGACACAUUGAAGAAACAUCGACGUACCCACACAGGAGAGAAACCAUAUGCGUGUGAUGUAUGCGAAAAAUCAUUCAGUGAAAGUGGCACAUUGAAGAAACAUCGACGUACCCACAUGGGUGAGAAACCAUAUGCGUGUGAUGUAUGCGAAAAAUCAUUCAGUGAAAGUGGCACAUUGACGAGUCAUCGACGGACCCAUACAGGAGAAAAACCAUACGCGUGUGAUGUAUGCGAAAAAUCAUUCAGUGGAAGUGACAUAUUGAAGAAACAUCGACGUACCCACACAGGAGAGAAACCAUUUGCGUGCGAUAUAUGUGAUAAAUCUUUCAGUCAGAGUUGCAAUUUGACAACACAUCGACGGACCCACACGGGUGAGAAACCAUAUGCGUGUGAUGUAUGCGAAAAAUCAUUCAGUGAAUGUGGCACAUUGACGAGUCAUCGACGGACCCACACGGGUGAGAAACCAUAUGUGUGUGAUGUAUGCGAAAAAUCAUUCAGUAAAAGUGGCACAUUGACGAGUCAUCGACGGACCCAUACAGGAGAAAAACCAUACGUGUGUGAUGUAUGCGACAUGUCUUUCAGUCAAAUUGGCUCAUUGACAACACAUCGACGGACCCACACGGGUGAGAAACCAUAUGCGUGUGAUGUAUGCGAAAAAUCAUUCAGUGAAUGUGGCACAUUGACGAGUCAUCGACGGACCCAUACAGGAGAAAAACCAUACGCGUGUGAUGUAUGCGACAUGUCUUUCAGUAAAAGUGGCACAUUGACGAGUCAUCGACGGACCCAUACAGGAGAAAAACCAUACGCGUGUGAUGUAUGCGACAUGUCUUUCAGUAAAAAUUUCACAUUGACGAGUCAUCGACGUACCCACACAGGAGAGAAACCAUUUGCGUGCGAUAUAUGUGAUAAAUCUUUCAGUCAGAGUUGCAAUUUGACAACACAUCGACGGACCCACACGGGUGAGAAACCAUAUGCGUGUGAUGUAUGCGAAAAAUCAUUCAGUAAAAGUGGCACAUUGACGAGUCAUCGACGGACCCAUACAGGAGAAAAACCAUACGUGUGUGAUGUAUGCGACAUGUCUUUCAGUCAAAUUGGCUCAUUGACGAGUCAUCGAUGGACCCACACUGGCCAGAAACCAUAAAUAAAUCAGAUUAUCAUAUUAGGGUAGCACAGUUAAUGGGUUCAUUUUGUCAUGUUAUUAUUUCUUAAUAUUAAAUUGCUAAUUUGUCAUAAUCAUACACAAAUAUUACAUUUUUUAUGAAUGUUUGUUAAAAAUCCUGGUGGU